UUUUUUUUUUUAUGGAUUGUCAAAUGUCUUUUUAUUCGAAAGCUCCAUGCUCAAGUUUUAUAGGCAAUCUAUUGUACUUUAUUGGUGUGUAAAGUUGAUUGGAAAAUUUUUUCAUGAAAUAUAAUACCAUGAAUUCAUAGUUCAAUUUGAUAUAUGCAUACUUGAUGUUAUCUUUCUCAAACGCUAUGUUUAUACAUACAACAAGAGGGUGAAUUCGUGUUAAUUUUCUUUCCUUCCUCUUAUCUUUAACAUGUACAUUAAGAUUUAAAUGGUAAAUGGAAAUUAGUAUUAGAUAACACUCUUAUUGUUUAAAAAAAAUUCUUAUGACUUUGUUAUUUAUGGUUGCAAAUCAGAUUUGAUAUGAAGUUUAUAUUUCUUACUAAUGAUGCUUCAAAAUUCAUUCUAUAUAUACUUGUAUCUUGAGCAUGAAUGAAUAAGGUAUGAUUGGUAAGGUUUUGUGUCUAAUGUCAUAGCUAGUUUGAAAGAAUGUGAUGUAUACAGAUUGAAAUGCCUUGCAUGAAUAGUGAUCUAAACGAGAUAUUAAGUUUAUGGAUAUUCCUUCACAUUAUGAUGAGUCAUAUGUUGUGCAUAGCGCUCAUCUUAAAAAAAAAAAGAUCGGCCGUACUUACAUUUAUUGUGUUUGCCCACACUGCUUAGCAUGUUUCAUCUCUAUGAAAGAUAGUUUAGUGUUGUAAGUAAAAUUAGUAUGAGGUAUGUGGUGGAUGGAAAACUUAUUUAUUUAUUUAUUUUUUACAUUUGCAUUAUAAAUGUUCGUCAUUUGAAAACUAAAAAAAAAAAGAGAAACUUAAAGUGCUACUUUGUUUUCAUUUAGUGCUCAUGUGAAAGAGAAAGAUGAACUUUUGAAAAUAGAUAUUGUAGAAGUCAUGAAGAGAUGGUUUAAACAUUGAUGUUUCUUUGUUACUUCAUAUUUGUGCUUCAUCUUUACAAGUGAUUCUGAUGAUCUCUACAAAAGAUAUUCUGUUAGGUUAUUUACAUGUUUAUAUGAUUCAAGAUUAAUUAGAAGCACAUUUAAUCCUAACCAAAAUCAAUCAUGUUACAGUAAGAUGUUUAUAUACACUCACGAAUCUUAAUACUGCAUAGGUGCAUAGGUGUUUAGUAUUAUGCAAUGCUUGAUAACCAUUUACACAAUCUUGUCUACUUUUUGCCUCAAUCAUGAAUGUAUAUAGAUUCAAUGCAAAGAUGUUUUGUUUAUGUUGGAAAUGAAUGUAUACAUGCUAGCUUUCUAUAUUUUACUCCAAUAAAAAAAAUACAUGUAUGCAUAUGCAAUGAAUUUUAUACAUAUUCUAUAUCAAACUGAAUGUUGAAUUUCAUGCAUCCGUUUUAUACGAAAGCUAUGUGUAUGUUCAAAUUUUAUAUACCACAUUUGCAUUUGGCAUUGGAGUCUUAUAGGUUUGUUGGAAGGUUUCUCAUACAUGUUUGAAACUAUGUGGUUUAAGAGUUGGUGUUUAUUUUAGCAAAAUCUCACAUGUUUCAUGUAUAAUAUAUCUCUAUAUUCUACGUUAGCAGACCAUUCACGUAUUUCAUGUAGAUGUAUAUGUGCUGUGUUAGCAAACUUUCAUAUGCUUCUUGUGUAGUAUUCUCCUACGUUGAUUUUCCCUUACCUAUGUUGAUAUGCUUUCAUGUGCUUUAUGUCCUUAUGAUUUAUAUUCAUAUGCCUUGUAUAUAUCAGUAGUUAUAUGGAAUUGAUGUGAAUAUAAAAUGGGAAAUGUUAAUUAUGAAAUGGGAAUUACGUUGUUAUUUGAUUUUCCUCUCUCUCUCUCUCUCUCUCUCUCUCUCUCUCUCUCUCUCUUUGAUUGUGCAUCAAAUCGGUUACAUCAAGCAUUACAUUCAUACAUGUGUACUCAUACUCUGAUUGUAUUAUGAUUCUUACAUAUAUUUUCUCUUGUUGUUUGCGAGGGGUUCAUGCAUAUGUCAUUGGUUGGUGAGUCACACUUUCUUGGGCCUUAUGGAAAGGCUCCUAUAUUUUGUCGGGGUAUACGGAUACACCUCGACACGUCACGAUCAGGGCAAAGCAGAAUUUUAUUUGAUGGCUCCAAUGGCUGAUUAUAGAAAUGGUAGCACAAAACCUCCAGCAUCUGGAUCUGCUGGUGCCUACACAAUUGAUGUUGGUAACUUCAGCAUUCGGAUGAAAGUGUUUUAUACUCACUGGCGGGAACAUAAGCCUGAUCUUUGGGGUGCUUCAGACUCUAUUGCAAUUGCAACACCCCCUCCUUCUGAUGAUAUUCGAUAUCUAAAAUCCUCAGCAUUGCAUAUCUGGUUGUUUGGAUAUGAAUUUCCAGAAACAAUUAUGGUUUUCAUGAACAAGAAGAUCCAUUUCUUAUGCAGUCCGAAGAAGGCUGCUGUCCUGGAAUCUGUGAAAAGAUCUGCUAAAGAUGCUGUUGAUGCUGAUGUCAUAAUUCAUGUCAAGCAAAAAAGUGACGAUGUAUCUGUUUUGAUCGAUGGCUUAUUAAAUGCUAUUCAUUCUGAAUCAGAAAAACCUAUUAUUGGUAGAAUUCAACGAGAAGAAGCUGAAGGGAAGCUCGUGGAAAGCUGGCUGGAGAAGUUGGCUAGCUCUAACGUACAGCUUUCUGACAUCACGGCUGGGUUUUCUGAAUUGUUUGCUAUCAAGGAUGCUUCUGAGCUUAACUGUGUGAGAAAAGCAGCAUAUCUAACUUCAACCGUGAUGAAAAAUUUUGUGGUUCCGAAGCUUGAGCAGACUAUAGAUGAGGAGAAGAAAGUCUCGCAUUCAGUUCUUAUGGAAGAGACGGAGAAGGCAAUUCAUGACCCUGUUAAAUUGAAGGUCAAGCUGAAGUCUGAAAAUGUUGAUAUAUGCUACCCGCCAAUUCUUCAGAGUGGGGGAAAGUUUGAUCUGAGGCCAAGCGCAUCAUGCAAUGAUGAUAAUCUCUACUACGAAUCGGCUAGUGUGAUUUUAUGUGCAUUAGGGGCACGCUAUGGCAGCUAUUGCUCAAAUAUUGCAAGGACUUUUCUUAUUGAUGCUAAUCCUAAACAGAGCAAAGCAUAUGAGGUUCUUCUCAAGGCCCAUAAUGCUGCCAUCAAUGCAUUGAAGCCUGGGAACAGGCUCAGUUCUUCUUACAAAGCUGCUGUCACAGUUGUUGAGAAUGAGGCCCCUGAGCUUCUUCCAAAUCUGUCCAAGACGGCAGGGACUGGGAUUGGUCUUGAAUUCCGUGAAUCCGGAUUGACCUUGAAUGCAAGAAAUGAUCACAUGGUGAACCCGGGAAUGGUUUUUAAUGUCUCUCUUGGAUUUCAGAACCUGCAAUCCCAGACAAACAACCCAAAAACUGAAACAUUCUCUCUGCUUUUGGCUGAUACAAUUAUUGUUGUGAGUGAGAAGCCUCCUGAAGUCUUGACUUCAAUUUGUUCCAAGGCUGUUAAAGAUAUUGCUUAUUCUUUCAAUGAAGAUGAUGAGGAGCAACCCAAAAUGGAAUCUGAGACCAGUAUCGCCGAGUCCGUCUUAUCCAAGGCAUCCUUGAGGUCAGAUAAGCAUGAUAUAUCGAAGGAAGAGUUGCGGAGGCAGCACCAAGCAGAACUUGCCAGGCAGAAGAAUGAGGAAACAGCUAGGAGGCUGGCCGGUGGCGGUUCUGUUGCUGGGAAUGCUCGUGGACCCAUGAAAACAUCAAGUGAGUUGACGACCUACAAAAACGUCAGUGAUCUGCCAUAUGCCAAGGAAUUUAUGAUCCAGGUGGAUCAGAAGAAUGAGGCUGUCCUUAUCCCAAUUUUUGAUUCUAUUGUGCCUUUUCAUGUGUCAACUAUCAAGAGUGUUACCAGCAAUCAAGAUAACCGAACAUCCACUGUUCGCAUAAUAUUCAAUGUUCCGGGGACCCCAUUUGCUCCUCAUGAUGCCAACACCCUCAAGCACCAAGGUGCUAUAUUUUUGAAAGAGGCAAGUUUCCGUUCGAAGGACAUGAGACAUAGCAGUGAAGUUGUGCAGUUAAUUAAGACCCUGAGGAGGCAAGUAGCAUCAAGGGAGUCGGAGAGAGCUGAGAGGGCUACUCUAGUUACUCAGGAGAAACUUCAACUUGCUGGUAACAGGAUGAAACCAAUAAGAUUGCUGGAUCUGUCGAUACGGCCUGCAUUCCCCGGCCGCGGUAGAAAGCUCACUGGAGCUUUGGAAGCUCAUAUUAAUGGUUUCCGUUAUUCUACUUCUAAAAUUGAUGAACGAGUGGAUAUCAUGUAUGGAAAUAUAAAGCACGCCUUUUUUCAGCCUGCAGAGAGAGAGAUGAUAACGCUCCUGCAUUUCCGCUUGCAUAAUCACAUCAUGGUGGGCAACAAGAAGACCUUAGAUAUUCAGUUUUAUGUGGAGGUGAUGGAUGUGGUUCAGACACUUGGUGGUGGAAGAAGAUCAGCCCUUGAUCCUGAUGAGAUUGAGGAAGAGCAGCGGGAGAGGGAUCGGAAAAACAAAAUAAACCUGGAAUUCCAGAACUUCGUUAAUAAGGUGCAUGAUCACUGGGGGCAACAACAAUUCAGAGAUCUAGAUCUUGAGUUUGAUCAGCCACUCAGAGAGCUUGGAUUCCAUGGAGUUCCUCAUAAAGCUUCAUCCUUCAUUGUUCCGUCUUCAAGCUGUUUGGUUGAACUGAUUGAGACGCCACCUCUAGUAAUUACCUUGAGUGAAAUUGAAAUUGUUAAUUUGGAGAGGGUGGGCCUUGGGCAGAAGAGCUUCGACAUGGCCAUUGUGUUCAAGGAUUUUAGCAAGGAUGUAUUCCGCAUAGAUUCAAUUCCUUCAUCUUCUCUCGACGGAGUCAAGGAAUGGCUAGAUACUACUGAUAUCAAGUACUAUGAGAGCAGGCUGAACUUGAACUGGCGACCUAUUCUGAAAACCAUUACCGAUGAUCCUGAAAAGUUCAUUGAAGAUGGUGGGUGGGAGUUUCUCAAUUUGGAAGCCAGUGAUUCAGAUUCAGACGCAUCCCAGGAAUCAGAUCACGGGUACGCGCCCUCCGAUGUGGAUGUGGAAUCUGAAUCUGAUGAUGAAGCUAGUGAUAGUGAAUCCCUCGUGGAGUCAGAGGAUGAUGAAGAGGAUGAUUCAGAGGAGGAUUCUGAAGAGGACAAGGGGAAGACAUGGGAGGAACUGGAGAAGGAGGCGAGCAGAGCUGAUAGGGAGCAAGGUGGCGAGUCGGACAGCGAAGAGGAGAGAAAAUGGAGGAAGGCAAAAGCUCUAGGAAAAUCACGCAUUCCCGAUAGAAGAGUUUCGAAAGGUGCUCCUCCCAAGAGGGCAAAGCUUCGGUAACGUGGUUAGUGAAUACUUAUUUUGAAUGUCUUUAGCUGUUCAGGUGAUCUUAUAUUAUACAGUUAUCAUUCAGUUUUCAUUCCUCCAAGAUAGUUUGUGCUUUUGCAGCUUUAUCCAUCUCUAUUGUUUCUGGCCGAAUUUUGUAAUUUGCGUCAAUCUUCCCACAACUUUGUUGUAUCAUCUUCAUCAGAACUUCGGAACGGAUUUUGUUAUAGUUACCGUUAUACUUACUACCAAUUUGUUAAGACU